AUGAGUGAAGAAGGACCCCAAGUUAAGAUUAGAGAGGCUACCAGGGAGAAUGUGGACUUCAUUUUAUCACAUGUAGAGCUUGCCAUGGCUAACUCGCUAAGGCGAGUGAUGAUUGCAGAAAUUCCCACUCUAGCCAUAGAUUCUGUAGAAGUGGAAACCAAUACAAGUGUUCUUGCGGACGAAUUUAUUGCCCACAGACUGGGGCUGAUUCCAUUACAGAGUACGGAUAUUGAGCAACUGGAGUACUGUCGUGAUUGUUUCUGUGAAGACCAUUGUGAUAAAUGUUCAGUCGUCCUAACGUUACAAGCUAUUGGUGAAAGUGAAAGUACAACAAAUGUCUAUGCAAAGGAUUUAGUUAUUGUUUCCAACUUGAUGGGACGUAAUCUAGGUCAUCCAAUAAUUCAAGAUAAGGAGGGAAAUGGUGUUUUAAUCUGUAAACUGAGAAAGGGUCAAGAAUUAACACUAAAAUGUGUGGCAAAGAAAGGUAUCGCUAAAGAACACGCUAAAUGGGGACCAUCAGCAGCUAUAGAAUUUGAGUACGAUCCUUGGAAUAAAUUGAAGCACACGGAAUAUUGGCAUGAACAGGAUCCUGCUAAGGAGUGGCCAUUAUCGAAAAAUAGUGAAUACGAAGAUCCACCAAAUGAAGGCGAACCAUUUGAUUAUAGGGCAACAGCCAAUACCUUUUACAUGAAUGUAGAAUCUGUUGGAUCUUUAAGCACUGACCAAGUAGUCUUACGUGGUAUUGAUACUUUGCAGAAGAAAGUUGCCUCCAUUUUACUUGCAUUAACGCAAAUGGACCAAGACAAAGUUAAUUUUGCAAGUGGUGCUCCAAUGGGCGCAGUGGGUGAUGGCGAUACCAUGAUGAAUGGUGAUGACUAUCCCUACGGUGCGACUGGAGGUUCUGGCGUCUAUGACGAUUCGUGGUGA